AGCCGAAGGAGGCAACGCGGAGGAGGAGGAAGAGGAGGAGGGGGCGCCGCCGCUAGUGGUGGAAGCGGUUUCUAGGCGGCGGGGAGCAGGGACUAGGCCCGAGGAGGAGGAGGCGGCGGAGGAUGGGGCUUGUGGGGGCGUGUGGCAGCCGGCGGCACCGCCACGAAGCGCCGCUGGUGACGCUCCUCCGGGGCCAGGCGCCGCACUGAGGAGGAGCAGGAAGAAGAGGAAGAAGGGGGGAGACCACAUCCAGCCGCUGCUGUGAGGAAAGCAGCCUCGGCCCUUGAGGGGAGCCUCUGAGGAGCGGGAUGACAGCCGCGGCUGCUGCGGCGCCAGCUCCUCUCCUUCCUCCUCGUCGACGUCGUCGUCGUCUUCUUCUGCGAGGCGGGAAAAAGGAGGAGGGGAAAGGGGUGGGAAGCUGAGGCGGCCGUCGCGGCUGCUGUCACUUCGAGGAGGGAGGGAAGGAAGGAAGGAAGCCGGAGGAAGAGGAAGAGGCGGCAUUCAUUAGGCGCGGCGGACUCUGGCUCCUUCACAGCCUCGGAGGAGGAGGCCUGAGGGGAGAAAAGGCGUCGUCGUCGUCUUCGUUGUCACAGCCCCACAGCUGGCUGGGGCAGAAAGGCUCGUGUCUACAGCAGAAGGGAGUGCUGCUGCUGCUGUUUCUGCUGCUGCUGUUAUUUCUGCGGCGUUGCUGCUCCUGCUGCUGCGAAUCUCGCCUCCUCAGCCUUCCCUCCUUGACUUGCUUCCUGUCAUUGCUUCCUCUCCCCCUUCCCACUGAGAUCAGAGGCGCUGCCCUGCCCUCUCCCUCCUCCUCUCCCUCCCUCCUAACCCCCUUUCCCUCAUUACAACUCCUGGUGUCCAUAAUGGUUGGAUGAAGGGAGGGAGGGGAGACUCUUUCCAUUCCACCUCCCUGUCUUUUCCUCCUCUCCUCCACUCCUUUUUUCUAUUAUUUAUUUGCGGGGUUCUGUUCUUCCUCCCCCCGCCUGCUUUCUUCCUCCUGCUUCCCUGGGCUCGCCCCUGCUGUGGUUUUCGAUGAGGAGUGUGUGACAAGGCGGGAGCAGGAGCCACGGCAAGAGGCGGGUGGAGAAGAGGAGGAGGAAGAGGAAGAAGAGGAAGAACAGGGUGCGCCGCCGCUGGAGAGACCAUGAGGAAAUUCAACAUCAGGAAGGUCCUGGACGGCCUGACAGCCGGCUCGUCGUCGUCUUCCUCGGCUUCCACCUCCUCGCAGCAGCCGCAGCCUGCGACCCGGGAAAACGACAUCCCGGAGACCCUCCAGUCGGAGCACUUCCAGCUCUGCAAGACUGUACGCCAUGGUUUUCCUUAUCAGCCUUCGGCCUUGGCUUUUGAUCCUGUUCAGAAGAUACUUGCGAUUGGGACUCAGACUGGAGCAUUAAGGCUUUUUGGUCGGCCAGGAGUCGAAUGCUACUGCCAACAUGAUAGUGGUGCUGCAGUAAUCCAGCUUCAGUUUCUGAUCAAUGAGGGAGCCCUUGUGAGUGCCUUGGCUGAUGAUACCUUACACUUAUGGAACUUGCGACAGAAGAGGCCUGCUAUACUACAUUCUCUAAAAUUUAACAGAGAAAGGAUAACAUUUUGCCAUCUGCCUUUCCAGAGUAAAUGGCUGUACGUGGGCACUGAAAGAGGAAAUAUACACAUUGUCAAUGUGGAGUCCUUCUCUCUCUCAGGCUAUGUCAUCAUGUGGAAUAAAGCCAUUGAACUGUCAUCCAAGUCUCAUCCUGGGCCUGUUGUCCACAUUAGUGACAAUCCAAUGGAUGAAGGCAAGCUCCUGAUGGGUUUUGAAUCGGGAACAGUGGUAUUGUGGGACCUCAAAUCUAAGAAAGCGGAGUACAGAUACACACAUGAUGAGGCAAUCCAUUCUGUAGCUUGGCAUCAUGAAGGAAAGCAAUUUAUUUGUAGCCAUUCAGAUGGCACCUUGACUAUAUGGAAUGUAAGGAACCCUACCAAGCCAUUACAGACAAUCACUCCACAUGGAAAGCAGGUAAAAGAUGGAAAGAAGCCAGAGCCCUGUAAACCAAUUCUUAAAGUGGAAUACAAAACUACCAGAGCUGGGGAACCUUUUAUCAUCUUAUCAGGUGGCUUAUCGUAUGAUACUGUAGGAAGAAGACCCUGUCUAACAGUUAUGCAUGGAAAGAGCACUGCUGUUCUAGAAAUGGAUUAUUCAAUAGUUGAUUUUCUAACCCUUUGUGAAACUCCAUACCCUAAUGAUUUCCAAGAGCCAUAUGCUGUGGUUGUUCUUCUAGAAAAAGAUUUAGUACUUAUUGAUCUUGCACAAAAUGGGUAUCCUAUAUUUGAGAAUCCCUAUCCCUUGAGUAUACAUGAAUCUCCAGUCACCUGCUGUGAAUAUUUUGCUGAUUGUCCUGUGGACCUUAUUCCAGUACUUUAUUCAGUUGGGGCUCGACAGAAGCGUCAAGGUUAUAGCAAAAAGGAGUGGCCGAUCAAUGGUGGAAAUUGGGGUCUGGUCACACAAAGUUAUCCAGAGAUCAUUAUUACUGGACAUGCAGAUGGAUCAGUCAAGUUUUGGGAUGCCUCUGCAAUAACAUUGCAAGUGCUAUAUAAAUUAAAAACAGCUAAAGUAUUUGAAAAGUCUCGAAAUAAAGAUGACAAGCCAAGCACAGAUAUCGUAGAUGAAGACCCUUUUGCCAUUCAGAUCAUCUCAUGGUGUGCAGAAAGCAGGAUGCUAUGUAUUGCAGGUGUUUCUGCACAUGUGAUUGUUUACAGAUUCAGCAAACAAGAAAUAAACACAGAAGUUAUUCCAAUGCUUGAAGUACGACUAUUGUAUGAAAUAAAUUAUAUAGAGUCUCCAGAUCCUGAACAAUUGCCACCACUGCCUACUCCAGGAACAGGUUCCAAUCCUCAGUCUAUUGCUCCCCAGUCUCACCCAUCCACUAGCAGUAGCUCAUCUGACGGACUUCGGGAUAAUGUCCCAUGUUUAAAAGUUAAAAACUCUCCCCUCAAACAAUCUCCAGGCUACCAAGUUGAACUGGUUAUUCAGCUAGUAUGGGUGAGUGGAGAACCUCCUCAGCAAAUAACAAGCCUUGCAAUCAACUCUGCCUAUGGUUUAGUAGUUUUUGGCAAUUGUAAUGGUAUCGCAUUGGUUGAUUACCUCCAAAAGACCACACUCUUAAAUCUUGGCACCGUUGAGUUAUAUGGUUCUAAUGAUCCAUACAGGAGAGAACCUCGAUCUCCACGUAAAAGUAGACAACCAUCCGGAGCUCAAAACAAGAAUAAGGAGGUGGGAGAGGAAGGAAUGGGCAUUUCACCUCAUUCUGCUGGUCUUUGUGAUAUUAAUGAAGGUACAACAGUACAAGAGGAUCGCUGCAAGUCACCCACAUCAGGUUCUGGUUCUCCCAUCAAUUCUGAUGAGGAUCAAACAUUGAAUAAUUUUAUAGAAAAGGUGAAGACCAAAAGCAGAAAGUUUUCCAAGAUGGUAGCCAGUGAUAUAGCAAAGAUGUCUAGAAAAUUAAGCUUACCAACUGAACUGAAACCUGAGUUAGAUGUUAAAGACAACUCGUUCAGCCGAUCCAGGAGUUCUAGCGUAACAAGCAUUGAUAAGGAAUCACGGGAAGCAAUUUCAGCUCUUCACUUCUGUGAGACUUUCACACGAAAAGCUGACACAGCACCUUCACCAUGCUUAUGGGUUGGGACGACUUUGGGCACAGUUUUAGUCAUAGCAUUGAAUUUACCCCCAGGAGGAGAGCAAAGGUUACUUCAGCCAGUAAUUGUGUCCCCCAGUGGAACCAUUUUGAGGCUUAAAGGAGCAAUCCUGAGAAUGGCUUUUCUGGACACUACAGGAUCUCUAGUUCCACCAGCAUAUGAACCCUGGAGAGAACAAAAUGUAUCUGAAGACAAGGAUGAAAAGGACAAGUUGAAAAAACGCCGGCCUGUCUCUGUGUCUCCAUCAUCCUCUCAGGAAAUAAGUGAAAACCAAUAUGCAGUGAUAUGUUCUGAAAAGCAGGCAAAAGUUAUUUCACUGCCCUCACAAAACUGUACUUAUAAGCAAAAUAUAACAGAGACUUCAUUCGUUCUUCGUGGAGAUAUAGUGGCACUGAGUAACAGUAUCUGCCUUGCUUGUUUCUGUGCCAAUGGACAUAUAAUGACUUUUAGUUUGCCAAGUUUAAGGCCACUGUUGGAUGUAUAUUACUUACCACUUACCAACAUGCGGAUAGCCAGAACAUUUUGUUUCACCAACAAUGGGCAAGCAUUGUACCUUGUCUCACCUACAGAAAUUCAGAGGAUCACCUACAGUCAAGAAACAUGUGAAAAUCUGCAGGAAAUGUUGGGUGAACUCUUCACACCAGUAGAAACACCAGAAGCACCAAAUAGGGGAUUCUUCAAAGGUCUGUUUGGAGGUGGUGCGCAAUCGCUGGACCGAGAGGAACUUUUUGGAGAAUCUGCAGCUGGGAAGGCAUCAAGAAGUCUUGCUCAGCAUAUUCCUGGUCCUGGUGGUAUAGAAGGAGUCAAAGGAGCCGCAUCUGGAAUAGUCUGUGAAUUGGCAAGAGCCAGAAUAGCAUUAGAUGAAAGAGGACAGAAGCUAGGAGAAUUAGAAGAACGAACAGCAGCUAUGUUAGCCAGUGCAGAUUCUUUCUCAAAGCAUGCGCAUGAGAUGAUGUUGAAAUGCAAAGAUAAGAAGUGGUACCAGUUCUGACAACACCUUUUCAAAUACAUCUAUAUAACUUUACCUUGAAGAAAAACCUCCUUUUCAUCAACUUCUGCAGGACCAGCGAACUGGAAGGUUGUCAGCCAAUGGUUACUGAUAUUUCCUAGCACAAAUUACACACUGUUUACCUCAGUCGUACAGCUUUAACUGAGGAUAGUUAUAUUUAAAGCUGACACCCACAUAGUGUGUGCGUGUGUGUGUCUUACCUGUGGGCUGACUGAGAGCUUGGGAACAGAACUGAUAAAGAGAACACAUGGACAGGAAAAAAAGAAAAGUAGGUAUCAGAAAAGCAGGGGCAAUGCAGGAUCUAUCCUGUGUUAAUAUUUCAUAUGCCAAAAGUUUUUGUGCUAUUGUUGUUGCUGCCAGUGUUUCAACCUCAUAUAGGAGGCUGCAAUAAAUCAGGGGUCCAAGAGCUAGAAUAAAGCUGUUCAACAUACAGGACUACUAGUAACUGAUCUACAUCUUCCCUCCUUAGAGCACGUCAUAAUAGCUAUUACUGGAAAUGACUUACUCUGCUGCCAACUCUGUGAUCUGAUAAACUGGAAGUACGUUGGCCCCAUCCUGAGUCUAUACAUAGUUAACAUGCACAUAGUUUCUUCUUGGACCCCUGAUCUAAUAUUCUUGUAUUUGUAUUAUCAUACUGUUGCUGUAUUCAGGUUUCAUGAUAAGGCAUGGUUUAUCAUGAUGAGAAUGAGCCACAGUAAGUCUUGAGCUUGUGCUUUUUCCCUCUCCCACCUAUGGCAAUGAGGAGCUUAAAGGCAUUCACUGCAGUUUGGUUUGUCAGUGGGAUUUCAUUGGUUCUGUUUUGAUUUUGGUACUAAUUUCAAUUUGCCAUUUUUUCCAAAGCCAGCCACCAUGUUUAAUAUUAAUUAAUCUAACCCUGAUUUAUUUGAAACACAUCUUCAUAAUUCAUAAUUUGAAAGUGGUUUAUUUGAACACCACAUAGUUAGAUUUAACUGGACAUAGUGCAAAAGUGCAGUUAAUUACCAGUAAAUGUUCCCAUUACUGUACAAAUAGCAGAGAGAGGAAGAGGGAGCAUAUGAGCCCCAAACUGUACUGUAGCUUAUUCCUGCCAUAAUAAACUUUGUUUAUUCUGAUGACUGAAAGCAGCCAAUGUUAAAUGGAAAACAAAAGUAUAAGUUACUUUUGCAUUGUAAAAAAAAUGUACAAGUGAUUGAACUGCACAUCAUGCUGGAAGUUUUCAUUUGUAUUAUGGCUGUUUAGUGUGAAAAGUUAAAAAAAAAGUCUGUUAUAAUGAGAAAAACAUUUAUCAUAUUCCAACCACCUAUAUUUUUUUAUUUUCCUGAAAAUAUUGUUGGGUCAAUUUAUAAAAUAUUUUUAAAUGACUAUGAGUUAAUUCAUGCUGUACAUAUUCUUUUGUGUGUUUAACAGAAUGUAUUUGUUCAAGCACUCAAGAACUAUCAGAUAUGUAGCCAGCUUAUGUACCCAAUUAAAAUUGAAUUCCCAGGUGGAAUGGUCUUGAGUUCAAGUGGUGUUGGACUCUGAGAUACAACUUGAUAAUAAUAGCAAUCAUUUGUUAUCAAUUGUGUUAAAUGACAGUAACUUCAGAAAUGUUUCAAAUAUAUUUAGAAGUCAAAAUUGUAUCAGGAAAAAGGUUGUCUCCAGAAUCUGGUGCAUAUUUACUUGGAAGAAAGUUCUAUUGGUUUAAAUGGAUUUUUUUCCAAGUGUCUUUUACUGCACAAAUUACAGAAUAAUACUCAAAUCAUGGUGAAGUGUCCCCCCCCCAAAGAGAUCAGUACUAAAAACAAAAUGUUGACUUUGAUGUUUUACUGAUUCAGCAACUCAGAGAUUCCUAGGUAGAUUUAUGAGAGAAGGGAUUUAAGAUGUGCCAAACUGAAGCAGUAUAUUUUUAGCGAAUAAAGGCUGCAUCAAAGCCAUAAUGUAAGAAGAAUAAAAAGGAUUUAUUUUUAAAAAACUUAAAAGAUAGGCAUCUUUGUCAUGUUGAAAGCUGGAAAAUGUGAUUAAUCUGUGAUCAUUUUCAUAGAGCCUUAACUAGUUUAGGCUUUAUAUUUAAGCAAGUGCCAGUGUGUGGCUAGGAAAAGUUUAAGAUUGAUUUUCCUGAACUUGAUUGUACUGUGUAUGUGUUGAAUGGAUUUCUUGACUUGUAUGUGAUAAACAUAGACUGCAGAACAAUUUUUUCUGUUGUGUUUUCAGCAGUGGUAUACAAAUUUGCUUUUGCUCGAAACAUUACUUUACACUGUGUAUGGUGCCAUUCAGAUUGAAAAAGUAACUGAUUGGCUUUGCACAGCUUGAUAUUUUAAAUCAGUAAGACUUACUUCUAAAUGAAUCUAAUUUAAACUCCUUCAGCUGAAUGCAGUUAAGUUCCUAAAGCAGCCAGGUUUCAAGCAGAAGUCACUUGGGGGCAGUAAAGAUAGACUUGACCAGUGGAAGGGAUAUUUCAAUUAUCAUUUGAGGACAACAGAUAGUUCACAUAUAUACAUUAACUUGCAGUGCAGUUUUUAGUAGGUUACUACUAAAUUGAUCUGAUUAAUCCAUCUGGAAGCAAAUUCAGGUGUUUCCACAACCUUAUAAUGCCUUGAGCUUGUAGAAGUAAUUCUGUGGCAGGAAGCAUUUGAAUUGAGCCUGCACCAAUUUGAUUAGAAACAGCAGUUACUUUUUAAAAAUAUUUUUUUCUUUUAUGCCCUUAAAAUCAUAUAAAAAUAUUUCUGGUAAAUUAUUUGAGUUGUAGUUCUUUAUAUGAAUACAUUGGAUGAGCUCCAUAAACCAAAUAUUAAGAAAAUGAUCAGUGAUGUCGACAUUAAAUGACCAACAUUAAUAUCUGUUAAUUGUGGCAUCUGGUCUUUGUGCGUUAAUUAAUUCAAUUUUCCAGUGCUAAUGUUUCUUUUGUGUACAAAUUGCAUUGUCCAACCAAAAGCAAGAAUCUUCAGGCUAUGCUGAUUUCCAAUAGAGAUGCAUAAAUAUAUGCUAUAAAACAGUAUCCUAUUGAUUUCUCAGUGCUUAUAUUUGGCUGAAUUACUUGACAACAGAAUAAUUAUAUCCAGUAAACUGUAUUAAUUGUGGCUGGUUUUCCCUUUUACACUGAGCUAAAUAUUAAGUGGAAUAGAUACUUUGUUCACUCAAGAAAAUGGCCAAAAUAAGAGAAUUCUAUGGUAAAUUAAUAGUCCUUGCUGUAAAACUAUGGAAAUGAUAUGUUUCUGUUGGUUACGCCUCAAUUUUGAGAUAAAAGACAUUGAGCUCUGGCUAUCUGGACACCAAGUAUUUGACAAACAACAGAUGGGAAAAAAAUUUCACCUUCUAUAAUAUUAUGAUAAAGGAUAAUAACUGAAUAACACUGGCCAGCACACAUUUUGGUGCCUGAAAUGUUAGACCUGUUUCGGGUAAAUUUGACCUACUGAUUCCAAAAAUGGCACAAGUUUCCUCUAUCUGCUUUAGUUUUUGAGAUACAGAACAUAUGCCAUCUACCAGUUGCCAUUUGCUUGCCCAAAGAAAACUAUGAUAACCAUAUCUAAGAAACUAGAGCGGACACCAAGAAAUUGUUAUUUUUUGUUUGGCUGUGUAAUUUUAAGAAACAGUAAAGAAAACAAAGAACAAGGAAGUCCAUGGAAGCCCAAAUGAUUUGUCAUUAACAUAUGUUUCAAUUUGCACUUAUUCUCACAUUUUGUAUUAUAAAUCAGUAAUUUGGCUAGAAAAUAUCUGAAGACAUUGGGUUUCGUGAAUAAUUGUGACAUUUUUCCAGUUCUGUCAAUUUGCAGUGUCAAUCUAACUGGAGUAAGAGGCAAUUGUUUUUGUAGGACAAUUUAUUUUGUAUAACUCCUUUCAUGUAGUUUUGCGGAAAAUUGCCUUCAUCAACUUGGGUUGGCAUUUCAUUCUGUGUUUAAGAAACCUAUAAUAAGAAUAAGAAUGUGUGGAGACUAUAGCUUUUAGAAACAGUUGUGUAAGCGCUUAUGUAAUGUAUAUGUUCUUUUUGGAGGCCUCCUGUAAUUCUUGGUCAAAUUGGUUUUGGAUGUUUUUCAUAGUGAUGUGCUGAAUAUUCUCAGGGUUUGGAUUUUUACAUAAAACGGGAUUUUGGGAGUGGCUGAAAUAUAAGAGAGGAAGAUACCCCAGAUUUGGCUGGAACUUUAAACAAAACUACUGGGUAUGAGUUUUUGGUUCCUAGGUGUUUCCCCUCUACCCUACACAGACAAUUUCAUUGUUUCUAAAGAAUACUAUUUUAAUAGUGCUGAAGCAGCAGUUAAUAGGGAUUGUGAGCAUAUUUUUAAAUUUACUAUGGAAGGAAGAAUUGAAAUACUGAAGUUGUGGAUGUCGAGGUGAUAAGGGUUGAAACCAUGAAUGGGUUUGCCUGUUUUUUGGGCCUCUGUUUAUGAAAACAGGAAGAUGGGGGAGCAUGCUUUGUAGUGGGAGAGAACAUUCCCAAAACAAGACCUCUCUUUUUGGUUGUUUAUUUUCCCCUUGCACUUUUAUUUUUGUACUCGGAAAGCCAGAAUCAUAUACCAGUAACAUUAUCAGUACUGCUGCAAUAGAUAUCAUCAUCCUGAUGAACUGUUAUUGAUACUUCUUGGCUGAUGACAUUAUCCUCUCCCACUUAAAUCCCUAGAGUGCUUUUUAAAAUGUAUUGAAAUGUGGAGUUUACAUUAAGUUUUUGUUUCAGCCUCUUUAAAAUACAAGGAAGUGCAGACUCUGUUGGGGAAUAACUAGGUCAGAGGGAGCAGGUGAAAUUAGGAACUCCCCAAACAGAACAGACUCUGUGCCAGCACGGAUCCUCCUUCAGUGACAUUUGUACAAUUAUCAAGCUGCUGAUCCUGGGUCAAGGCUCAUUCCCUGAUAACAGGGCCAAGCUGUUGCCAUUACUUCAGAGGGAGCGGGGGGGGGGGGGGGAAGCAUCUAUACAAAGCCUAGGUGAACUAUUUUUUUAUAUUGAUGAAAUGCAAACAAAGUGCUGCUACUUGUCUUUAUGUAAUGUUAUCAUGUUUAAUUAUAACAAACUGAAGACACGUUUCUUUAGUUAGAAAACUGCCAAAUUGUAACUUCUGAAUGUUACUUCAUGUAAAUAUUUUGUGUAUUUCAAGCAAGUCUGAAAGUGUGACACCGUUAGCAUACCUUAUAGCACAUUAGGUAUAAAGUAACUAAGCUGAUUUCCAUCUGUUAUCUUUGUAUGGUUUUAUUAUACAUACAGUGUUGACAAUACUGUAUUAGAAAGCUAUAGCCAAAGGAGAUUUUUUUUCAAUGCAGCAACUUUUCCUUUUUGCUUUCCAUAGCACUGAUCUAAUCUGAACUGUAAACUUAAAUUUCUUUUCCCUGCACUUUAAGUAAGGCAAGCUUGAGUAUUUUAUCAUUUUGAACAUUAGUUUAAAAUUGAUUUUGCUGUAUAUAAUAUAGUUUAGAAAGUUCCUUUUAGCAAACCCCCUAUCUGUACACGAAGAGCUGUGCAUCCUUGUGGACAGGAACUUCCCUGUGAAGAUGUGGCCCUGUAUCUUCCAUUGAAAUAAUCAAACAAGUAAAAAAAAAAAUACAGGAGCUCUGCAUGUCUUUGGUAGAAUUCCAUUGUCAGAAUCAAACUGCUGGAUCAGGAAGAUUCGUUAUAAAAUAAAUGAUUCUUAGCAUUUUCUUUAAAAAUUGAAUUAGUUAAACACUUUCAGAUUUGUUUACUGAGCACCCAAACUUGUAACGUUGUCCACACUAAGAUGCAGUUUGGUUCUAUGGAAAUGAAUGAGAGCUAUGGCUGGAUUUACAGCCACAACGUUCACCUAUUUAUUCAUAAUGAUAUAAGAAUAUAGUUUAUUAUCAAAUCGAGUGUGUAUAUGUAAACUCUUGUUUUAAACAAAGUUUGUGUUUCAUUUGUCAAAGACCUUAAAUGUAUAUAAUAAAAAUAGUCUCAAAUCAAGAUAAUAAUAAAUUAUCCCAUUGUGAUUGAUUAGAGAUAUUCUACAGUAACAAAAGCAGCUCCCUGGUUUAAUCUAUGCUAAAAACAAAAAGUACACACUAUCUAAAUUACAUAAUGGUUUGUAAUAGCUACAGUUUGUUGAUAGGCAUUUAUUCUUUUCAUAAGUAUAUACAAAAUUCAACAUUUUCAGAUAUUUUCAGCCUUUGCGAAUAUAUUCCCCAAAACUAAAAGUGAAUGCCAUGUAAUUUUUUUUGUCAGUGACAGCUUGCUUUUUGUAUUUUGCGGUUCUGGUUUUUGCAUAUUUUAUAUUCAUUAUUACAUGUCCUCAGAAUGUUUGGGUUUUUUGUGUGUGUGGCUGAUGAACCAUCUUAUUUGUUAGUGUUCAGAUGCAGAGGGAUGAGACCAUGACUGCACUUACAAUGUAGUUACGUGCCCUCCAGCUGAAAACGACUCAUUUUCACAGUGAUUACUGUGCAAAUUCUUACUGUACAAAUUCUCAGUGGCAUUUGUUCCCACAUCUUAACUAUUUAUUUGUGAAGUUAUAUCAUUUUUAUUUCCUUGUAAGCAAUAGUGUUGUUGCUGAUGAAAGAAAAUAAAGAUCCUGUUGAAUGAAUGUUAUAUUUGGGGCUGCUGGCAGGGAAGCAACUAGAUUUCCAGUACAUGUGAAUUACCUAAUUUUAAACAUCGUUUUAUAUGUAUUCUGAACAGAAGCAAGAAAAAUAAGUGGAUACUGUUAUAUAUUCCUCAUUUAUUUUGAUCCCAUUUACAACUAUAAUUUUUGAUUGUCAAAUUAAUUUCCGGUCUAGAUUUCAUUAUAGAAAAAAAUCAAUAAUACAACUAAGUCAGUGACAGCAAUUUUUGAUAAAGCAGUCAGAAACUGGUCUUUCUAAACCUUAAGCAACUGUAGUAUUUAUCUUCUUCACCACUACACACUCUUUUUUAAAAAAAGAAAGCAUAUUUACCCAAUUCUGAUUCAUGGAAUAAAAUCAUGGUGCCAUCCAUGAAGCUACUAUGAUACUGGAUAAUGCAAAAUAGAGAAGCUGUUGAGUGUUAACUCCCUUUUUAAAAAAAUAAAAGUGUAAAUAAAGCAUACUUACAUUAUGUGAACACACACACCACUAUCCAUAUUGGUUAGGCCUGGGAGGAACAUGCUUUCUGGUUAUGCUGUUUCAUUCUGCGAGCACCAUUUAGGGGGGCGGAAAUGAAGAACAUGGGUAAAUAUUUCAAACAUUUCUCACCGGGGAAGCAUGCUUGAUAUUCUAGCUUUAUAUAUAUCCUAGUCCCUGUACAUUGUGUCCUUUUCAUUUUUAUUUUACUCCUCACUGCCACUUGUUAAUUUUAGUCUUGCAGAGCCCCACUAUGUGUUCUGAAGAUGAAACUGGGAAAUGCAUCUUAGGAUAGGGUUGCAAAUUCAUCUGUCUACAAAUAUAGUUUCGUAUGAACUGCAAACCAUACUGUUACAAAUGGAAAUGUUAGAUUGCAUAGUUAUUUUACUUAAUGUACUUGAUCCUAAAUUAUGUCAUAACAUUAAAAUUAAGUAUGGGAUAUUUUUGUAAAUAAAAAUACCUGUGCUGCUGGUAUUUUAAAAAAAUGUACUAUACGUUCAUGUUUCAGAAAAAAAAAUGUUCAUAUGUGUAUAUGAAUGUGUCAUUAUGCUGAAGGGCUCUGACUGGGCAAAAUAAACUAUUCAAAUCUC